AUGAAGAGUUAUCAGAACUUGAUAUCCAUCGUUAAAUCAAGCACCCACAAGUCCCAUUUGCUUCAAAUUCAAGCCCAUCUUACUCGCACUUCUCUUCUUCGAGAACCUAAACUAUCCCUGGCCUUCCUGUCUCGCAUAGCCCUCUCUCCUCUUCAAGACAUCCAAUAUGCUCGUCGAGUCUUCUCCCAAAUACGGGAACCGUCUGCUUUAGUCUGUAACACUAUGAUCAGAGCCUAUGCUCACAGCAAUUCGCCCAUGGAAGGUUUCUGCGUGUUCCAGCAAAUGGUGCGCCGAGGCUUGCGACCAGACCCCAUAACUCUCACCUUCGUUAUCAAAUGUUUCAUUAAGAUUCGUUGUUUAAGAGGUGGCGAACAGGCUCACGCGAAAAUUUUGAAUGGUGGGCACCAAUCAGAUAGCCUCUUACUGACCAAUUUGAUGGAUCUGUACUCGCUCUGCCGAAGGGAUGGUGAAGCCCACAAAGUGUUUGAUGAAAUGCCUCAUAAAGACACCGUUUCCUGGAACGUUUUAAUCUCUAGCUUCCUACGCAAUAAGAGGACGAGGGAUGUCCUGGGGGUGUUUGAUAGUAUGGUUCGAGAUGAGUUCGGAUGUAAACCGGAUGAUGUCACCUGCUUGUUUCUCCUUCAAGCCUGUGCAGAUUUGGGCGCACUGGAAUUCGGGGACAAGGUUCGAAAUUACAUGGAGGAAAAUGGAUACGGCGAUGCUAUCAAGUUGUGCAAUUCUCUGAUCUCGAUGUACUCCAGGUGUGGGUGCCUGGACCAGGCGUAUGAGGUAUUUAACCGAAUGAGGGAGAAAAAUGUGGUCACUUGGAGCGCUAUGAUUUCUGGUCUUGCAAUGAAUGGCCAUGGAAGGGGGGCCUUGGAGGCAUUCAGGCAAAUGGGACAAGCAGGUGUUCCCCCAGACGAUCAGACGUUUACUGGACUUCUUUCUGCUUGUAGUCAUUGCGGGUUGUUGGAUGAGGGCAUGCUCUUCUUUGAAACGAUGACCAAACAGUAUGGGAUAAAGCCCAACAUUCACCAUUACGGAUGCAUUGCUGACCUAAUGGGUCGAGUGGGGAAGCUUGAUCAAGCGUACGAGUUGAUAAUGUCGAUGAAGGAGUUGAAGCCUGAUUCUGCUCUAUGGAGGACCCUGCUUGGAGCAUGUAGAAUCCACCACAAUGUUACACUGGGAGAAACGGUGGUGGGGCAUUUGGUUGAGCUCAAGGCUCAGGAAGCUGGUGAUUAUGUUCUUUUGCUAAAUAUCUAUUCUUCGGUUGGGGACUGGGAGAAGGUAAAGGACACAAGAAGGUUUAUGAAGGAAAGAGGGAUUCAAACGUCACUUGGGUGCAGUUCGAUCAUCGUCAAAGGCGUAGUCCAUGAAUUUUUGGUGGAUGAUGUUUCUCAUUCGAGGAAGGAAGAGAUCUACACGACCAUGGAUGAGAUAAAUAAGCAGUUGAAGAUUGCUGGUUAUGUUGCUGACAUAACUUCCGAACUGCACAAUUUGGACGAGGAAGAGAAGGGACAUGCACUCUCUUACCAUAGUGAGAAGCUAGCUAUGGCCUUUGGAAUCCUUGCAACUCCACCUGGAACAACAAUAAGGAUAGCCAAGAACUUGAGAACCUGUGUGGACUGCCAUGAAUUCGCAAAAGCUCUUUCCUGGGUUUAUAACCGAGUUGUAGUCAUUAGAGAUCGAAAUAGAUUUCAUCACUUUAGGGAGGGCCGAUGCUCCUGUGAUGAUUUCUGGUAA